AUGGCGGCCGGUAUUCCGGCUAGGCCUGCAACCACUGCUCCUAUUCAAGCCGUGGAGUCGUCUCCUGGUGCGCUUGGAGGUCGACCAUCAAGGCAGCACAGCGCUAGCAGGAAGCCGUUGUCUAGUGAAAGCCCAAUCAUGAAUCGUCCAUAUAGGUCACUGUCCUGGCAACCACGCGACCAUUCACCAAAUCCUCAAUUGCCAUCUUCUUUGGUCAGUGAGGUGCCGGAAGAGCCAUCUACGCCCCCACCGGAUAUUGCACAGCAGGAAUCGUCACUUGUCUCAACUCCGUCAAAGGUUUACUCUGAAGGAGCCCUCCAUCCAACUGCGUCACCAGAACAGCAACCCCAGGAAAAGAAUGAAAUCGAUCAAAAGCAGCUUGACCGGUUGAACACCAUAAUCGAAGAACAGAAUAAGGAAUUAGCGCUGCUCUACCAGCAGCACGUUCAGCGUCUCCAGGACCUACAGAACCAGCAAAAUGCAUCUGUCUCGCAUCAGCGUCACUCGAGUGUCCCGGUAUCACAAUCUACGCAGACCAGUGUCUAUACACAGUCUUCUCUUCAGAAUACCCACUACCCUCCCAGAUAUCCAAGUGUCCCGGUGUCGCCAAUUAGCCAACCGGAGUCUCUUGUAUAUUCGAUCCAGGAAGAACCCCGGCCUCUGUCACUACCAGAGCCAGUAUUUGAUACAGUCACUGUUUGA